GUUAAACAAGACUGCCUUUGAGUGUACAAUCAUGUACUACAAUAUUACAAUCAAAACUAAAUACGUAAUUCGUCAGCUGUUAUGUAGUGGUGUUGGUGGGGUGGUGAACUGGACAGUGGUUGGUGGAUAAUAACAUUGGUGAACUUCUGUUUUGUUCUUAUCAAGUUUGUUUGUUUAGUACCAAACCAACAAAGCCAACCACUGCGUUGUAACUAGUUGACUGGUAAUUAAUAAUCAUUGAAGAUGAGUGCAGAGUUUUAGUAAGUGGUUGAAUUAAAAUAAAUUAGGCUCCACAAUGAGAAGCAUUUAAAUAUUGGACUGGUAAUUUGUUUGUAUGGACUAAUUGUCACCGUGAGUUGUGUUAUUUUGUAAUCAUUCAAACAUUUUGCUGUUUGUGGUUUUUCCACAUAUAACCUAGAAGGCAAUGGAAUGGGAUGAUAUUAUUUACUUAUCGUUAUUAUUUUCAUGUAUAGGUUUUGGCCAUUUUCUGAGACAAAUUAAAAAUAAAGAAUCGAGAAAAUGGGUUGCCACAAUCUUUGGAUUUAUAAUAGUUCUAAUAGCUUCAGGAAGACACAUCCUACACCCUUUACUCACUGUAUUAGUGAAUGCCCUCAUCAUAAUGUAUGGUAACAAGAGAUCAAUCCAUGUCUUCAGUUUUGGAUUUACAUUCGCAUAUCUAAUAUUUUUCCGGACAACAGAAUAUUUUGGAAUUCCAUAUCCGCCUUCACAUACAAAUCUGAUACAGAUGAUCUUAACUUUGAAGUUGGUAGGACUGGCGUUUGAGGUUCAUGACACUGCUAUGGCAGAGAAAGUGAGAGACUCGUCUGAUGAUUCGCCUCAAAUUGAAGUGGAAGCUAGUCGUGUCGCACCCCCAAGCCUUCUGGAUAUCUUCCAUUACUCUUUCUGUUACAUUGGUGUACUUACAGGACCUUAUUUCAAGUACCGUAUGUACUGGGAUAUGUUCAACAGUCCGUUUGCAGAACUGGCUCCUUGUACCAAGGCUACGCUGGAGAGGAUAAUGCCUGUUCCUUUGUGGGCUGGAGCUUUUCUACUCUCCUCUUACGUUUUCCCUCUCAAGUAUGCCCUGAGUGAUGAGUUCUACACAGAACGUUCAAUGCUGUACCGCCUCUGGUAUCUGUACCCAUCAUUCUUCAACUUCCGCAUGCGGAUGUACAUCGGAAUGCGUCUCUCAGAGUGUGUGUUCACAAUGAGUGGACUAGGGGCAUACCCUGCUGUCACAGAGCCUAAGCCGGGGCAGGGACCCUCCACUGAAUUCUUCACCCUUGGCAGAAUAGCUGCCAGUCCCGAGUUGGCACAGAAGGAACAGUACAGUUUCGCAGCCAUCUACAACAUCGAUGCCUGGGGAUCAGACUUCCAGCCCACCAUCCGAUCCUCUAUGAAAGCAUGGAAUAUGACCAUACAACAUUGGCUCGCCGUCAACGUAUACAAACGGUUCCCAGUAAAGUCCUACAGGAUGCCUGUGACGUUUGUAGUGUCUAGUCUGUGGCAUGGAGUGUAUGCCGGAUAUUAUUUGUGUCUGUGCUCUGUUCCCUUCUACCUUCCAGCAGAGGAUAUGUUCUACAAAGCAUUCCGCAACAACACACUUCCUCCUGGCGUGAACUACGUCUGGGCAUUUUUCCGCUACUGGUGGAAGAUGCUGCACUUCUCAUACUGGUCUAUGGCAUUCUCCCUGUUACGUAUUGACGCUUGUCUGCGUUACUGGAGCUCAAUCUAUUUCCUCCCCAACAUUUUAACAGUGGUGAUGUAUGUUAUAGGACUCACCAUUCUCAAACCCUCUAGGCUUCCAACUCCUCCAAAAUAAGUAAAACACCAACAGAGCCAUAGCGGUCCAUGAUAUAAUUUUAAAAAUUUCAACAGCAAUUUACUUUCCCAAUAAUUUAUUGAACCAUAAGAGUGCCUCCAAGAUGUCUGCUCUCUCAUCUUGUUAGAGCUACAUUUUUAUUCAGCAGAUAGAACAAUAAAAUCCCUAUAAUCCAUACUAACAUACAAAUUUGAGGAUCCUUUUAAUCCAAACUAAUUUUGCAAACAAUUAAAUUUUAAAAUUGUUGUGAGUUAGAAAAAUUAUAUGUCAAGUUCCAAGUCGGUUAAUUUAAAAA